GCUUCCUCCACUCCAAGCCCUCUCUCUCUCCAAGCCCUCUCUCUCUCUCUCUCUCUCUCGAGAAAAUGACAUUAUAUCGCUAUUUUCUCGUGAUUUUCUUCUUCUUAUUCAUUUGGAUGGGAUUAGCUUAUUCCACCACCUUCAUGUCAGAUGUCCUCUUCGAUUCUGUCGGGUCGACCCGUCGGAGCCUCCUUCAGGUCAAAACGCCUUGCCCGAUAGACUUCGAGCACAUGAAUUACACGGUGAUUACGAGCCAAUGCAAAGCACCCGAUUACGUGCCCGAGCUCUGCUGCAAAGCAUUCAAGACCUUCGCAUGUCCGUACGCCGACGAGCUGAGCGACGUAAGAAAUGAAUGUGCCACGAACAUGUUCUCCUACAUCAACCUUCAUGGAAACAACAACUUGUCAGGCGUUUUCUCCAGCUACUGUCGUGAAGGGAAGGACGGCAUCUCGUGCCCUGCAACACCUCCUCAAUCGGAAAAUACCAAUUCCAAUGGCUUUGAGAUGGAUGAGGGCCUCUCGCUGCUCCUUACGCUUGUAGCUGGGCUUGCAUUCUUGUUGCAGAUUUUCUGAAUAGUAGUGGAUUUGAUGAUUGAUAUUUAAGAAAGAAAAAUUCGGUUGGGUGUGA